CGGAGAGUUGCGCCUGAACAGUGAAUCAUUCAACCUGCUGGUUGGCAUCCUCCUCGUCGUUGACUGAGUCUGACCAAGUUUCCCUCCUUAGCACUGAGUCUUCGUCAGGUACCUAUUUGUCUCUUGGGCCUAGCUGCUCCGAUCACUUGCGACUGAUCCUCUUUCCCCCCCCUCAGCGCACUCUCUUCUAAGGACGAUCUUCCCGCCUUGCUGUGCCUGUCUUCUGUACACUAGUUGCCCGCGCAUCCCUCUUUUUUUCUGUGACAUACUCCUCACUGUCUAUUCGAUAUGUCGAUUAUUCUCGAGCCCCCGGAGUUGGGAUUCAAACGUCCCUUCGACCAUGAGGUGUGCCAGAUCUUACAUCUGAAGAAUGAGAACGCAGAGCCGGUGGUAUUCAAGGUCAAAACGACCGCCCCUAAGCACUACUGUGUCCGUCCGAACUCGGGCCGGAUAGACCCUGGAAAGAAUGUGGAUGUCCAAGUUCUACUACAGGCUAUGAAGGAAGAGCCUGCGUCUGAUGCCAAAUGCAAGGACAAGUUCCUUGUUCAGACUGUCGCGGUCACCCGUGACAUGGAGUUCGCCAAUGUUACCUCUAUUUUCGAGAAAGCCUCUAAGGCUUCGCUUCAAGAACGCAAGAUCCGUGUGAACUGGCUGCCUGCAGAUGAUACCCCAGCUACGGAACAGGCCGCCGAAACGAACGGCAAUAUGCCGGAAGAAGAGCCGCCAGCCUACACCUCUCCCAGCGCAAACUUUGAGACUCCAGCUGCAGCAGUUUCCAAGAGCGCUAACGACACGUCACCAAUCCCACCGCCAGAUUUCAGCGAUAAGCCCAAGCGGGAAGUGUCCACACCACGAGCGAAUGAGGACCAAGCCACGUCUUCGAAGUUGCCCACAGCAGGCAAAACAACAAGUUUGAGCGAUGACCUGAAGGCCCAAUUGUCCGAGGCUAAUGCGCAGAUUCUGGCGUUGAAGGAGAAGUUGGCCGACCAGGGCCUGAGGCAGCGGAAGAUCGGAGGCGAUUCCGAAAAAGUGCCGGCGCCAUUGGUGCAGCAAACGCCGCAAUCUACCGAGGCUGGCGUGCCGGUGCAGAUCGUGGCUGGCCUGUGCCUGCUAAGCUUCCUGAUCGCAUACUUCUUCUUCUAGCCAUCUUCUGACUUCGUCUGCUUUGUGCUCCGCGCUCGCUUUUCAUCUCUUUCUUAGCAUUGUCCCACCAUGCCUCUACCGAACCAACUGUAUUCUCUUCUGGAGUGUCCAAUUUCCUUGCACAGCUUUGUCGACCUCGGCAAUAAUGGUGUCCGUCUGAUUUCGACGACCUUAUUAUUUCACCGCGCCGUUCGCAGCCGGCUUAUCUGGUGCCUCCGUUCGGCUGCUACUUCAUUUCUUUUUUUUUUUUUU